GUAGCUUGUCUCGCACAUCAACUCGCACCGUUUUCUAGUGCAUUACUACAGCAUGUUGCUUGUUCAAGUCCUCGCAGGGCUUUCCGUCGCAACCUGCGGCCUAGCCCGGUCGCUACCACGGAAACUCAACGCGCGACAAGACCCAUCGACAACAACCAGCGCCCCUGAUGCUCAGUCUACGAUAUGCGGCGACGUCAUUGCUGCCGUUGAUGAAGGCUUUUCUGUCUUCUGGGCAAGCGAUGCCUACAACUGCCUCAUUAGUGUCCCGUUCAAUGACGCUGUGGCUUCACGCUUCCUAAAGUACUGGAAUGAGACUAUCCAAUUUCAGAGUACGCUUGCAUACGUCAAGGACCCACCUCAAGGAUACCAGCAACCCGCGAGUGAUGUCCAGGCGGGACUCGCGCAAAUACAACAGCGAAUCGACGAUGGCUCGUACAAGAACCAGUACGACUUCGAGGCAGACUUUCAGCUCCUGACUUAUGGCUUGCACGAUGGUCACGUAUCCCUGACUGCAGGCGCGUUGUCGGCAUUCUCAUUUGCGAGUCCUUAUGAAAUUGCUUCAGUAUCUAUUGAUGGCGUACAAGCUCCGCGGAUAUACAUUACAGAUGACAUUAUCCAAAGUCAGAAUGAAGCAUGGACUCCGUCGCCUAUCACGACAAUUGACGGGAUUGAAACUGUCGAGUUCCUCACAAAGUAUGCCGCGCUAAACUCGUGGGGUUAUGUCGAACCGCAUGCUGAGUGGAAUUCGUUGAUGUCACAUCCUACUCUUGAUAUCCAAGGUGGCCUUACAACAUUUGCUGGCGCAGGGACUUUCUACCCUGGUGAGAACCUGACCUUCACUUUCGAGAACGGAACGGAACCCUUGGAGACGGUUUGGAUAGCAAUCUACAACGAGCUGGCAAACUAUACAGGCCCCCUUACUACCGGCGGCGACUUCUACAACUACUUCGUUCUUGGUCUGCUCCCAGAAUCUUUCGACCCUACAAAGGUCGUGCCUCCCUCCUUUUCGGGUGACCUUACAGAGGCACCGACCAACUGGACUUCAGACAGCUAUGGAGCUUUCCCUGACAACCCAUCCGUCGCACAAUCCGAUCUUGGUGUACUCCGUGGCGGGCUUGUGACGGGCUACUUUUACGAGGACAUCUCUACCGGCGUGCUAAGUCUUCCUAGUUUCGACGCGAUUCCUGAUACCAUCGGCAACUACUCUGAUGCUGUGACCGAGUUCAUAAACAAUGCCUCUGCCGCAGGCCUGGAACGGAUUGUCAUCGAUCUCCAGCGCAACUCGGGUGGCGCCACGUUACUCGCGUAUACCACUUUCAAGUCAUUCUUCCCAGAUCUCAUGCCAUUUGGCGGGAGUCGAAGGCGCAGCUUCGAGCUUGCAAAUGUUCUUGGUUCCACUGUGUCGGAUUAUUGGACGAGUUUAGAUGAGAACAACCCAGACGACAGCAUCUUCAAGGAUGAACUUGCGGCGGAUGAGUGGGUCAUCACAACUCGAAUCAACGCGGCAACUGGACGAAACUUCACGAACUGGACUGAAUAUCAAGGACCGAUCAACGACCAUGGCGACACCUUCUCGCUCACGGAGCGAUACGAUCUCGCAAACGAAAUCUUCGACACGGCUGCCUUUGACCAGUGGAUACCGACCAUGUACCUACCAAACAAAACCGAAUGGGGCGUCCAGGAGCGGUCCUGGAACCCCGAGCAGAUCGUCCUCCUAACAGACGGCCUCUGCGCCUCAGCCUGCUCCCUCUUCGUCGAAAUGAUGACCCACGCCGGAGCGAAGACCAUCGUAGCAGGUGGCCGUCCCACCACAGGACCAAUGCAAGCAGCGAGCGGCAACCGCGGCGCAGCCCUCUACUCAGCCUUCGACCUCGACGAUGACUUCACCUUCGCGCGCAGUCUCGACGAGCCCGUCACCCCCGCCACAAACGCCACGAUCCCCGAAAUCCGCGACCCAGGAAUGUACAUCAAAUACGCCAGCUUCAACCUGCGCGACCAGAUCCGCGCAAACGAAACCUCGCCCCUGCAGUUCAAAUACGAAGCCGCAGACUGCAGGAUCUACUACACCCUCGCCAACCUCUACAACAUUACGCGUCUCUGGUACGAUGCCGUAGACGCUGCUUUCACCACGCCCUCCCUCUGCGUACAAGGCUCGACUGGCUUCACAAAAACAAACAGCACAUCAACGCCCCCCCUCCCCUCCGCAACCCCUCCCUCCCUCUCCCCCGCAACCCUCCAACAUUCCUCCUCGACAGACGCCACACCCCCAGACGGCCUCCGAAACGGCUACGGCAAGCCCAUCGGCGGCAACGAAAUCACGCUCUGCCCCUCGUCCGGCGUGUGCCAGGACGGAAAAUCACAAUGCAAGCCCAUCACCAUCACGUGCGCGGGCGAGGGCCAGCGCGCCGUGCACGCCUGUCUGCCGCCGUGCACGAACCGCAAGGGCAGCGCUACGUGCCCUGGUAAAUGCAAUAUCUUGCAGACGCAGGAGAGUAAGAAGGUGGGGUUGGAGCGGACGGUGAAUUUUGGGGAGGCGCUGUAUUCGGGGCUUUGUGUGCCGAGUGUUGGGACGCGGAAACUGGGGUGUGCGAGGAAUGCUUCGCCGUGAGGGGGAGGGGAGGUGGUGAUGUGUAAAUAUGUGGAAAUCUAUUCUCUAAAUUCGAUCUUAUUGAACGCCCGUUUCGUGUCCCCAAAUAAGCAACAACGCCAGGCCAUGCAGUUCAACACGAUUCAAUGUAAAAGUAUAACGUAGGUUCUCUCAACAAACGAACUCA